UUGCAUAAAUUAACAUUUUUUAUCACCAAAAUCAAGUUGUGUUAAUAAAUAACCUAUAAGAAGUAAUUUCUUGUAAAAAUGCACAAGAAUCCAGAAUUUCAAGCUGUCGUCUUGGCAGCGGGCAGAGGUUCUCGCCUGCCAGAUGUUGGCGGUUCGGUAUCAAAAUGCCUUCUUCCAGUUGGACCGUAUCCAGUGCUAUGGUAUUCUUUGCAUUUGUUGGAGAAAAUGGGCUUCCAAGAAACAUUAGUUGUGGUGCUGGAUGAAGACAAUUCCAACAUCCUCAACGCUUUAGAAAGGUGCCCGCUAAAGAUCAAAUAUGAACUCAUAGUAAUACCGUCAGAUGACGACUGGGGCACAGCGGACACCCUUAAACACAUCAGCAGUAGAGUCGUCACAGACCUCUUGGUUAUCUCUGGAGAUCUCAUCACCAAUAUAAAUCUCAAUGAAGUGCUAAACCUGUACAGGAAGCACGAUGCAGCACUCGCAGCACUAUAUUUCAACAAUGGUCCUGAAGAGUGGAUUGAACUGCCGGGUCCUAAAACCAAGGCUAAGCCUGACAGAGACCUGGUUUGCAUAGAUAAAGAAACCCAGAGGCUGGUUUUUGUAGCCAGUGCAAGUGACUUUGAAGAUAAUGUCACCUUACCGAGACUCAUCAUAAAAAAAUUCAAUUCAGUAAGCAUGUACAGCAGGCUGCUAGAUGCUCAUGUCUAUGUGAUGAAGCACUGGGUGGUGAAUUACUUAGUGGAGGCUAAUAAGUUUAUUUCGCUAAAGGGGGAAUUGGUGCCACACAUUGUUAAGAAACAACUGAGCAAGCCAAAAAAUCCAUCGGAUAAAAAGGGAUUUUCUGAGAAAAACCUUGAUAUUUCUAAGGAUAUAUUCGACUAUGCAGUGGAGCAUGGCUAUGAGAGCCAGAUCCGAGAGAUGUCCCAUUACAAUGACCAUGAGCUCGGAACGAAAGGGGUGUAUUAUAAUGACUUACUUAGAUGCUACGCACAUAUUGCAGAGAAGAACACUUAUGGUAUUCGUGUUAACACACUUUCAGCUUUUUAUUUAUCAAACAGUAAGAUACUCUCAAAAUGGGAGGAGCUGACUGGUUCUCCAUUAACAGAAAGAUUCUAUCCAACUAGCGAAGUUAAAACGAGGCAGAUAGAUGAAACCUCCAUAGUCGGAGACAAGAGUGUUGUCAGUGAGAAGACUUCAAUCAAAAACACCAUUAUUGGUGCCAACUGUACCAUUGAUAACAAAGUUAGAUUGACUAACUGUAUAUUGAUGAAUAAUGUUGUAAUUAAAGAAGGUUGCGUCCUCCAAGACUGCGUAGUGUACACUGGCGCCAACGUGGAGCCUGGGUGCAACCUCACCUACUGCCUCGUCGGCCCACACCACACUGUACCCGAGUCCACCACCAGUAACCACCAGAUCCUUACCGAAACUACUGAUAAUAUGAUAACGCUUGGGUAGAUUUAUUUGGAAAUACAUUUGUUAUAUUGUAA